CCGUAGUUUCUGAAUGCUGCUGCAGAUCCGCUAUGAGUAUGGUUCUAUGGUUCCCGCAUGCCAGGCGGUUUCGUCUGUUUGGUGUAGCUCUCUGAUACCGUAUUUGCCGGCGGCCACAUGCGACAGCGAUUGGCACAACUGAAGGGACUUCGCAAACCCGAGAACCGCGUCUGAGUAUCGCGGUAACUGCAGCGAUAUGGUGCAGUGCUGCGUACCAUUCUGCAAGUCGACACCAGGCCCAUCAAAUAAUUACUCGUUCCACGAGUUUCCUGUCACGAAGGUUCGUUUCGAGUGGCUCCGACGGAUCGCUCGCAAAGCCAAUGGCACGGGUAACAAGCCAUGGUGCCCGAGCGAUCGAAGCAAAGUAUGUAGCCUGCACUUUCGUGAGGAGGACUUUCGCCGGGACCUCAAGAAGCGCCGUCUCCUCCCAAAUGCUGUGCCGUCCAUAUUCCCGGGAUACCCUCCCGAGAUGCAGCAGGCCCGUCGCCUGUCGUCACCGCAAAUGGGUGAUGCGCCAAAGGUGCUGGAAACUAACUCGGCGAUCGACAAACGCAUCGCUAGGCCACGACGAGGACGCAAGAGAAAAUGGUUGGCAUCAGGUAGUUUGACAGACAAUACUGAAGUGACAGGUGAAGUCUCAAGCACUGUGUCAGAAAAUAUGGCGGCUGCCGCAUCCUUGACUGCUACAAGGAGAUUGAAGAGAGGUCGUGCAUCUGAGCAGAAGGCACGAUGCAGAGUGGCCCACGCAAAUGUUGCAGGUAGCUCAGAGCCAGUGCAAGAGUUACCGACUGUUUCAGCUACCACAGGGCAACACAUCCAGAGUUUUUCUUCAACAUCAACUCCAGUGUCUCGUACACAGAAGCCAAUCACAGGCGAUUCCACCUCGAAGCUGGUUAUCCACAGCAUCCGAAGCUUGCAGAAAUCUCCUGUGCUUUUUGCAAGCUCAGUAGAUGCUGCAACAAGCUCAUGUGCUGUGGAAGGGCCUCUGGUAAGCUCCACACAGCUAGAGAAUAAAGGAGGAACUGUUACAGCCGCUUGUGGUGAAGCCUCCACUGUGACUGUUUUAGAUUCGGUCUCCAAAACCGCUGCUGCUACUGAGGUAGUUGAAGAUGCUUCUAGCAAUACAAGGACACUUGUGCCUAGUUCAAGUGAUGCAGCCACAAGCUCCUGCAGUCAAUCACCGUCAACAACGGACUUGCAGGUGUCCCGUUUCGCUUCGCCACAGGCAGGCGUGGUGCUAUCGAUCAAUCCCUCCUUUGGUGAGAUGGUGCCACGGGGUGAGCCGUCACAAUUGGAUGUGACUGCUGGUUCCGCACCGUCAUCACAAGCAGUUGUGGCCUCCGUAAGCACACCACCGACUCCUGCGCCACCAAGGCUGGCAGCGGAGUCUGGGACACUUUUGGUGAGAUUAGCAAACAGUUCCACGGCCACAACAGCUUCCUGUAAGCAAAAGCUGGUGGCAGUCGUGCCUUCGGGGAUCAAACCAGAAGCACUGAAGCAGUUGUUGCUGAGUUCUAAGCUUCUAUCGAAAACUGUAGUAUCGGGCAGUGCAAAUCUACUGACAAACAGGUCAACGAAUGCGAGUGAAAGCAAGAUAGUGACAAUGUGUGCAUCGGGAACUACUGCGGACAUGGUGAGAGCAGUCCAGUCAAAGACACCAAAGCACAGAGUGAAGGCGAGGAGAGUGGUGAACGUGAGAGGGUCUUCAAGUGAUGUCACACGUGUGGUAGAGCAAGUAGACUGUUUGGGUAAGUCAAGGCACACAGUGACCCCACACUCAACACCUGCUCGCCGUUCGAAGUCUCCGAGUCAGUUGUUGAUUCCUGACAGUCCAGUGACUGCAAGCCAGCACGAAGUAGGUACCAAGCUCCCUAUGCGGAGGACGGUGGGGUCGCAAACACUGCUCAACAGGCAGCGGCUGCGACACCUGUGCCAGCGACUCAAGACGCUGCAACGAAAGUGCCUCAAGCUGCAGACCCACAAGCAGCAUCUACAGCAGGAGCUGUCCACUGCACGGCUGGAGGCCAAGCGUGCUCAGACCAUUGUCAAGGAGCUACGUCUCACUCAGUUUCAGGAACGAGUGGCCAGUGGUGAUGCACGCUGCCUUUUUUUAGAAGAGCAGCUCCGAUGUCUGGGCCAGACCAAGCACCGGUGGCGGGAGGAGACGCUGCAGUGCUGCCUCCUGUGGAACACACUGUCUCCCCGUGGCUACCGCCUCAUAUCCCAGUCUGGGCUGCUCUCGCUGCCGAGUUGCUCCACCUUGAAGCGCCACAUUGGUGCCGUUGGCAACAGCACUGCCUCGAACCGGGAACCACCUUCUCCCACCGGAGACACAUUACCCAGCAUGGAGGACAUAGAUGACAUUCAUCAGCUCCCUGACAUCGUAGAUGUUCAUGUAAUGGAGCCAUCAACAGACGAAGUAUCGGAUUAUGCGAGUGAGGUCAGCGUGCACUCCGACACUGAUGACACUGCAAGGGUGGACGUGUCUUCCGAGACCACAGUGCAGGACGGCAGUGUUGCAAAUGCGAGUCCCGACCUGCAAGCAGAAAGAUCUCAAUGUUCCACAAAAGAUGCCGCCUCGAUUGUAUGCCCAGAAAGCGGUCGCAAGCUCAAAAGUGUCAGGGAUUCUCAGACUCGGAAAAAAUCCUUGACUCGUCAUUUUGCGAGGGUACUUGCAGGAAACCCUACACCACAGGAAGGAGAGCAGGUCCUACAAGUGGUCUACACGAAACCGUCGGAUAUAUUGGAUGACCUUCCGGGAGUUGACAGCGCGACGCCAGGUGCCGGAGAUACCACCGCAGCUCCAGAGUCUGCCGACGAACUCGUGGAGAAGAGCGUUGUUCACAAAGCGUGCGGAGACUGCAAUAAUGCCGACCAAACAGAUUGCUUUGAGCCCACCGCGGAGCUUAUGGCGCCAUCAAAAUGGCUGACUAGGGCAACAGACAAGCCUUCCGAUUGUGCACAAUUUCUCACCACACAAACAAAGAAAAAGAAUGCAGAACGAUCAGCGAGCACAAGAAACAGACCUCGGCAAUUGAUGGUGAGGUCAAAUGUACCGCGUCCCAAACCUUCCAGGACAAAACUGGUUUCCUUGAAGGUUAGGAAGGAUGUCUCGGCAACUGGGUGUUCUGGUCACUUACAUCAGGCAUCAAAUUCUUCUUGUACGGAGUCUACGAGUGCGGCAGUGAAAAUGAAAGUCUUUCUGUCGGAGGACAAUCUGCAGGAAGAGCUGGCUUCUCCUCCCAAAGAUCUAGCCGAACUAUUGAACAUUGUGGGUGCUGAUACUUCUUCUGAAAGGACGGUAUCUGCGAUCGACGCGUCGAGUUCUGCGCGGGAUACCGUUGCAAACAGUGAAACGCAAAAACUCUCAUUACAGGAAACAAACUCUCCAAAAGACGCAGUGGAGCCAUGUGUGCUUUCUACAGUGACGGGCUCGCCUAUUAAUGUUGCGGGAGUGUUUCCUGGCGAUGACGAGCAAGUUUUAAAUGUGAUCUAUGCAGAACCUUCCACUUCCGAGGGUGAAGUGUUUUGUGGGGAGUCCACGGCAGAUGAAAAUCAGGUUUUUCAGAUACUUUAUGUUUGUACCCCGGAAAAUUUGGAAGCAGGCCAGUGACACACAUUCAUUGACAUUGCAGACAUUACAGCUGUUGUUGUGUACAAACACUAUGUAACACUUGGGGCUUGUGUUUUCCUUCCUAUCUUCGUGCUCUUUUUCUGCUUUUUUUUUUUUUUCCGCGAUCAUAUAACACAUAAGGAUGCGAGCUUUACUCUGAACUUGGAGGCAUCUUUCUGUGGCUAUGCAGCCAACGCUACAGAGCUGGAAUGAAAGUGUGACAGCGCCAAUGGAUAUGUAGCUCCAAAUUUAAACUGUUGCCUUUUGACAAUACAAAUGCAACAGUGUUCUUGAAUUGUUGAUGCUGAAUAAUAUUGCGACAUGUUUUUUUGACACAAGUCUUAAGUGCGGAUUCCACUGAUAAAUUUGCACCCUUUAUGUACUUCACCUAAUCUUCAACGUGCUAAUUUUUUUUUUGAAUUCCUACUUAAUGGGGCUAUUUUUUAUCAUGUUCCGCAAGUCAAUGAAAAAGCCCAACGUAUUGGCGCAUACUGUGAGUGGCAUAUGUGUGGUAGUCGCAAUGAAUCGCGCCAACCAGAAGUCGGCGCAACGAAGACAGGCCAUCUGAAUAUCUGAUCUAGAGAUUACGGCUUACUGAAAAUUUUUAUUGUAGCUGUGAUGUGGGUCUCCAAGAGAAGACCCAUACUUGCAUGAUCGGAACUAAAAGUGAUAGAGCCUGUCUGCAUUUCCAUGUAUUCGUAUGUGUGUCGUAGCCCCCUCCAAUAGCUUAGGCUGCAUAGCCAAAAAAAAACAUGGUUGAUCCCCCCGUCAUAGGAAUCGGAUUAACAUGAAAGUAAAGCAUGCCCUUACAGAAGUAACUGAAUGUCUACUGUACAUUGAUAUAAAAGAGUUUGCACAAUGUAUAUUGAUGUCUGGCAACUAUGGCACCGUUUAACAUGUAUGCACCCACUUUGAUGAUUGGUGGUACGUCUCCAUCCCGACGACUAACGUCCACGUAAAAUGAUUAAACAAACGGUUAUGGUAGCUGUAGUAGUUGACGGUGAAAGCGUAAUCGGAGGACGAGGUGUGAUAGCCAGAAGAGCGUCGCAUGUUGGACGUAGAACUUGGAAGCCAUUCCGCGGCAUGUUAAAAUGUGAUUGAACACCACGGCCGGACUAGAGGGAAACGCAAAGCGCGUCGUGCCGCCCCGGUAGCCUAGCCGCGACUUUUCUCGGGGCGAGCGCGUGAGCAGGGGACGCGGUGUUACAGCCAGGUGAGGCAGGCGCGCGUCGCAGAGCUAUUUUUGGUUUGGAUUAGCGUGAUGCUAUGAGCGAGGCCGACGCCUUAAGACGCUUGGGCUAAGGUCGCCACCUUGCGGUGUGUAAAGGCAUUGACAAAAUUGAACUUCUAUUGAAAACGCGCCCUGAAUGAGACGGACGUGUAACGCGUUGCAGGUGCUAAUCGCGGAGGCGACAGUAAUGACGAAUUACCUUACUUUACUGCUCCCAGAGGGCAACACCACCCCGCCGACCGGGAGAGUGGUAGAUAUAAAAGGCACGUGUGUAAAGCUUCUAGAGUCAGUGAGUGUGGCGCAGUGGAUAGCGUGCCCGGCAUCUGUUGUUGCGGACUGAGCGGUCGUGGGUUCGAUGCCAGUUGACGAACUUUUUCCUUUGCCAUCUGAUUGUGUAAAUUUUUUUGACUUCAUUUCCUUGACGGAAAUACGUCACUGGAGUCUUGUUGGACCCCGGCAUAAAACACUUUCGUGUUAAAAAAAGCUGUCUUGAAGCAUAGAUGUGUUGCUUUCAGGAAGAGAAAGCUAAACUCACCCAAAUGCACACCCGUUUGACUUCCAUAGGGUACACCUGUUGAGACAUCUGAAGUAGACAGAAUUGAUGCAUCGAAUUGAAGUAUCUGACUGUUGUGCGACUAAAAGGAUCAAAAAAAGGUGGAUGGAUCAAAAGUCCAGUAUUUUUAAGACACUGCCUUAUGAAGCCAAUAUACAGUGAAGCCAAGGAAAGCAUAGGGGGCGGUAUUUGAAGCUCUUAAUUGAUGUGUAGUCUUAUAAAAUGAAGAGAAAUUUAAGUUAACAAUGAAGCAACUUGCCGCCAGUAGGCGCCAAACUCAAGACCUUUGCAAUGUGCGUGCAGUGCACUAUUAAUUGUGUUGUGACGAUGGUUGUUUCCCCAUUUACUUUGUUGGGUAUUUCUGUAUGUGUAACCCUGGUAGUGUUAGCCAGCAUUUCGACCAGCAGCAAGUUUCUUUGUGUUUUUUCCCGCCGUUGUUUUCCUUUAUUUUAUAAAUACCACUCUCUCAAUUAAGAACGACAAAUAA